UUUGCUACGACAUUUCUGCUUUCCGUAUGUGGAUGUGGUAUUUUGUAUGUUUACAAACAUGAAACAAGUUUAACAAGGCAAGCUAGAAAUAAAGCUAGAUUCAGUGUCGUUCAGGGGCUUUCUAUGUAAAGUUAAUAAGUUUCACUUAAGUUUUUGUUAAAAUUAAAUUGGCGACAUAUUUUCUAUUUUGGAAAGUGAUUGAACAAUGUGAAUGUUGGAGUUUGAAUUUCAAUUAACCUUGAAAUUAAAAUGAAGAUCUUGUUGAAAAAGGCAUGAUGUUUGACAUUAUAACCUAAGCCAAGACACAAGUGUUCAAGUAUUUCAAAGCACUUUCAAUAAUUAUGAAGUGUACAGUUUUCAUUAGCAUAUUUUCUCUUCUCAUGAUUACUCAACUGUUGCUAUACUGGCAUGUGACUCUAAACAAUAAUAAAUAUCUUCUAAUUGUUUUAUUUGAUGGAUUCCGCUGGGAUUAUUUGAACCGAACUGAAACUCCACAUUUCAAAUCCAUUAUAAAUAAUGGAGUCUAUGCAACUGAAGGUCUAAACAAUGAAUUUGUUACGUCCACAUUAACCAACCAUUGGUCUAUAGUGACUGGACUUCACCCUGAGAGUCAUGGUAUCAUUGAGAAUGAAAUGUUUGAUGAAGAAAUCAACAAGACUUACAUACCUUUAUACAGAGAUAAGAAUGCUCACAAUGAUCCAAGAUAUUAUGACACUGGUGUAGAACCUAUUUGGGUUACUAAUCAAUUGCAAAGAGCUGAUGGAAGGACUGGAAGUAUUAUGUGGUGGGGAGCAGAAAAUGAAGUAAAAGGAAUUCGGCCGAACUAUCACAUGCCCUUGGAUUUGAAUGUUGAUUAUUACUUUAGAAUCGAUGAAAUGAUUCGAUGGUUCACACUCUCAAAACCAAUAAAUCUAGGACUUCUGUAUUUUUCAGAGCCUGACCACACUGCACAUUUAAGUGGACCUGAUUCUGAAAAUGUGACUCAAAUGAUUAAAUACGCUGACGACCUUGUAGGUUAUCUCAUUAAACAGUUAAAGGAUAAAGACCUAAUUGAUACAAUGGAUGUGAUCAUCACUAGUGAUCAUGGAUUUGCAUCUGUUUCAAAAACAAGAUUAAUCAAUCUGGACAAGUUUGUAGAUCCUAAUUUGUAUCAUAUGGUCCAUUACACACCUGUGGCAGCUAUUAUUCCUAACAAAGGCAUGGAAGAGGAAGUUUACAAUAAACUAAAAGAACAUUCUGAACAGAAUCAUUUUCAAGUUUAUAAGAAGUCAGAGCUUCCAGAAAGAUUACAUUACAAACACAACAAGAGAGUGACUCCUAUCAUUGCUAUUGCUGAUAUUACUUACUCUUUUAUCAGCCAAAUGCCAGAAGAGAAUUUUACACAAGCUGGUAACCAUGGUUAUGACAAUAAGUAUCACGAUAUGCAUCCAUUUUUUAUGGCCUUUGGACCUUCCUUCAAACAAAAUGUGAAGGUAAAGACUUUCUUCAGUGUUGACCUCUAUCCAUUGAUGUGCCACUUGCUCAACAUUGUGCCACAGCCAAACAAUGGCAGCAUGGAUAAUGUUGCUGUAUUACUAGAGGAUGAACAAAGCCACACAGGCAGCAUUUACUCUGCAUCAUAUUUAAUAUAUUUACUGAUUAUAGCUGUCAUCAUCUUAGUAUUUACAAGUUUCAAUUAUGGCUAUAGAAAGUGUCCUUUUAACCCUAAAAUAUCAACAACAAGGUAUUAUUCCCAGCUGCCUAGUUAGCCAAGUCAGACCUCUGUGAAGAGUAUUGUUGAACAGUCAUUUUAUUUUACAUUUAUUUUGAGCUAGACAAAGGAUCUGAGAUUCACAAUUUUACUUAAUUGUUCAAACAUCAGAAAUUUAAUGUAUUAUUUAUUUCACUGUGUAUGUGUCUUUACCUCUGUGAUAUGUGCAUGAGGCAACUAGUAUGCAAGUUGGUUAGUUUGUUAAAAAAAAUAUUCUGAAAAUAAACAAAUAGGUUUUUACAUGUUAACAGAAAAUUUUAGAACUUUUACUUUUUAAAUGUUUAUAUUGCUUGUGGAAAGGCUUAUUCGUAGUCAACAAAGUUUUAUUUGCAGUUUUAGUUUCUGGACUUGUGUUUACAAAGCUUAUUACCAACUUACUCUGUCUGUCUGGCACACACAUUAUUUCUCUCACAUCUGUUCUUGGAUCAAGUUUAAAUUUAUUGUAGCCAACAAAAUAUGAAUCAAUAAAAAAUUAAGCAAUUGGUCAAUUAUUUUCCGGUAUUUAAAAUUUUGUUUGAUACCGAGGGAAAUUAAACCUUCAGAGAAAUGGCUAAAUAUGUAGGGUUUUGUCGCUUUAGUUAAUUGUAGACCUUAUUUCUUCUACACCAAUUCUCUUUAAAGGUUGAAACUAGUCACAAGUAUUUAUUGUACCUAACAAAAAAUAAAUCAGUUAAAAAAUUAACCAUUAGUCAAUUUAUUUAUAAUUAAUUAUUUUGUUUAAUAUCAAAAAGGAAAUUAUUUCUACAUUAUUAAGAUUUAUAGUUGUAAAUGUGUAGUUCUUCCCAAUAAGAUAAGUUUUGUUUUUGUUUUGCAUGUUUUAGUUUCACUUCACUAUUCUUUUAGUCCUAUUUUUUUUUUCCUUUCUCUCUUCUUUCCAUUUCUUGAUUAAUUUGUCAUUUACAUUUUUCACCAUUCUGUCCCCACUCAGCUUGCCCUUCCCAACUUGCAACUCUUUGACUGUUCAUCUCAAGUUCCUUUGGUUUAACUCCAGCUACAAUAAAAGUCUUGAUGUUCUUUAAGCAAUGAAAUACAUUCAGAGAAAGUGAUAUAAAGAACAGUGCUGUUGAUCUAAUAUUUUAGUGAAAGAUCACUCUUGCCAACUAAAUCCCCUGCUGUCCUGUAAGAGGCUUGGGCUUGGAUGUAAUAAUCUUUGUUUCUGAAGAAACACUCAACACUUACACAACAAACAGAACAAUUUUUUUUUUGUUUUUCUCUCUCCUUUUCCAUGUUUUUUUUUUCUUUCUUGAUCCAUGCAUAUGUUUGUAUUGAUUAGUUGGAUUGCAUAAAAAUUAUACAUUCCUGACAAGUCACAUGAUAGAAAUAUUGCUUUUUUUUAAAUCUUGAUCAUAAAGGCGGAAUACCAAGGUAUUUGCUCAAUCCUAGAUUUAUGGGGGAAAGUUGUAAAAGGUGUAUGCUUUCUCCAAGAUUCCAGAAGAAUUUUUGUGUGGCAAAGAUCAGAAGCAUUCAAUGUAACUAUUGACAAAGUACAACCAAAAUGUUGCCAUUUCUAGGAGCCAUUUUAGAGUUAUGGUUAUAUGUUUAAUGGUACAUACAAAUGAUCUUUUUAAUGGUUACUAUAAACAUUGUGUGCUUAGUUCUAUUUUGACUAUAUAGGUUAGGUACUCUAGUUUUAUUGUAAUACUUUAUUAGACCCUUUUGGACAAAAUGAGUAUUAAAGUUGAUUUUUUUUCUUGUCUAUUAAUGAAAGAGUAUUUAUUUAUGUUAUAGUGGUGAAAUAUUUGGUUUUGCUUUGGUAUCUGUAAUUAUAUUUGAAAUGUCAAAUAUAUUCAUACAAGUUUUAUAAGAAAGCAAUUGCAAUAAUGUUUUAUUUCUACUUUUAUAUGCAAAUAUUUCAUAAGGAAACAUAGCCUCUCAUUUUCUUCCAGUCAGAAGAUUGAGUAGUGCGGUAUUUCAUGUGACUACACAGCUCCACCUGUGACCAACAUAUUUUGUCACAACCAACGCAGACAUAACUCUUGUCCGCCAGUGGUAUUUAGAGUCUCUUUUUACCAUCUACAUUUGUCCUAAGCAGUAGAUCUUUAGAGUCUCUUUUUGCUAUCUACAUUUGUCCUAAGCAGUAGAUCUUUAGAGUCUCUUUUUGCCAUCUACAUUUGUCCUAAGCAGUAGAUCUUUAGAGUCUCUUUUUACCAUCUACAUUUGUCCUAAGCAGUAGAUCUUUAGAGUCUCUUUUUACCAUCUACAUUUGUCCUAAGCAGUAGAUCUUUAGAGUCUCUUUUUACCAUCUACAUUUGUCCUAAGCAGUAGAUCUUUAGAGUCUCUUUUUACCAUCUACAUUUGUCCUAAGCAGUAGAUCUUUAGAGUCUCUUUUUACCAGCUUUUCAUAGAAACUUUACACAACCUAAGUUUAGAUCAAAUACUCUGAAAGACACAAAGAUAAAGGCACAUUCCUCAUCCCAUAUGCUAGGACAAAUUUGUACAAAUACUCCUUCUUCCCUAGUGCUAUUAGAGUAUGGAAUGGGUUGCCUGAGCUAGCCAGAAAAGCAGUGCCUUGGCAGAAUUUAAGUCAUUGGUUAACAUGCAUGACUAAAUGCAUGACACGUAGGACGUAAUCAUCUUCAUUUUUGAAGUAACAUCUGUAUUAUAUAAGAAGAUAAGAUAUAUAAACUUCAAAGAACUAAUUCUAGAAAUAUGGCAUAGAUGCAUACAUACCUUAAUUGAAUGUGCUGUUGAAAACCAACAUUGUAAAACUAAUAUUCUAUUUAUUUAAAUGCAUUUGUUGACUACAUUUUCAAUAACUCUUAAUGCUGAAAGUCACUUAUCACUCUAUUUUAGACUGGGUUUGUGCGAAUGAAAGCUUUAUAAUUUUAAGUUGUUGUUUUUUCAACCUCAAUAAAGUAUAGCAAGAAUUAUAAAUGAAGCCAGAAGCAGGUUAGAAAUGAAGUAUUAGAUUUUGAGCAACCAGAAUAGAAGUAUUCAAAUAAUUGUUAGGCCAUGUGAGAGCUAGGCAGGCCUUAGAGUGGAACCCCCAGGGAACAAGACGCAGAGGAAGACCAAAAAGAACAUGGCGACGCAGUGUACUUGAAGAAGCAGAGAAGACCGGGAAGAGCUGGGACACCAUCAAAAAGCUAGCAAGAGACCGUGGAGAGUGGCGUGUUUUUGUCGAGGCCCUAUGUUCCAUGAGGAACUCAAAGGAGUGAUGAUGUGAGAUUUGAAACAGGACAUUGAAAUGCUUGUACAUGUAGCUGUCUUAGAGUAAUGAGAGAUUUUGAUUACUUUCUGAAGCUUUUUUUUUCUUGUAGUAUUCUUGCAUGGCAGGUGAGGCCAGGAUAAACAAGUUUAAUACAUAAAAUACUUUUUUUGAAAACCUUGCUUAUAUUGACAUCAAUCAGGUUUGAUUAGUCUAUUGUUAGUUUUAAUUUUUAGCUUGUUUGUAAGGGUGAGACUGUGCUUGUCGGUUGCCUGCCAUCAAUAUAGUACAAUUUCCAUAAAAUACUAAAUUAAUUAAUUACAACUAGUUGAUUUACCAAUUG